CGUUGUUCUUCAACAAUCCGCUCACAACCACAUGCUAAAAGUCAACAGUCUCAGUCUUCCUCAAUACCCUUUUCCCACAUUGUCUUCUUCCUCCCCGUGAAUGGAACACAUAAUUUUUCGCUAUUGGAACCAGAAGUUCUUCACUUUCCUUCAAUGGCGUCCACCCUUUGUUUCUCUCUCCUCACCCUUCUCUCUCUUGUUUCCUCACUUUACGGUUUACCGGACCCCCUCUUCAUCAACUGUGGAUCAAACUCUAACAUCAUUUUCAGUGGACAGACCUUUGUCUCCGAUGACAAUUACGCUUCCGGCGGCUCCGCCGUUGAAAACUUGAACACUUCAUCCAGUAAACCUCCAAUCUACCAUACAGCAAGAAUUUUCACCAAGAAAUCAUGGUACGAACUCCCAGCAAAUGAACCCAACACUUUCGUCUUGAUACGCCUUCAUUUUUUCGCAUUCUCCACAAAAAAAUUUAAACUUUCCGAUUCAAGAUUCGCCGUUUCAGUUUCUGGGUUUUCGUUGUUAUCCAAUUUUAGUGUCGGUGACGCGAUUGAAAUUAAAGAACUUUUCAUCCCAACUGGAGCUAAAACAAGCUACAGAAUCGAAUUCACACCCUCCGAUCCCUCAUCUCCUGCUUUUGUUAACGCCAUUGAAGCUUUCACGACACCAGCUAAUAUGUUCACGCAAGGCGUCCCUUUCCCACGUAGUUCACCUGCCGGAAAAAUUGAUGAUCUGCAUAACUUAACAUCGGAUUAUGCUUUCAACCUAAUUUACAGAAUUGACGUCGGAGGACUGCAGACGACUGAAGAUGAGCGUGACACUACUCUAGGAAGAAAAUGGAAACUUGAUGAUUCCUUUAUCUCCAACAGUGAAGGAGCAACAAACAAAAGUUUCGACGGCCUUCUUAAAUAUGGAGAUAAUGGAGCAACCGAAUACCAUGCUCCUGCUUAUGUUUACAAAACAGCCAAACAAUUGAACAUCAACUCAUUCAACAUAACAUGGAAUUUUGGUGUAAAAAAGAACGCUACCUACCUUGUUCGAGCACAUUUCUGCGAUGUUAUAAGCACCAGUCUCAGUCAUGAAGCCUUCAGAUUCUUCAUCUACAGCCACUUUAGCGCGAAUAUUGGACCGAGUGACAGAGUGAUAGUUCUAGCAGCACCGUUUUUUGUUGACAUGGUGGUGGAUUCAGUGGAGUCACAGUUUAUGAACAUCGGUAUUGGUGCGACUCCCGGUAGCAAUUACACGGCGUUCUUGAACGGGGUCGAGAUCAUGGAGUUGUUGAAGAAUUCCAGCGAGAUUGAUCAGGAGAAUGAAAGGAAGAACAUAAACACAAUCGUGUUGAUUGUGGUUGGAUGUGUAGCUUUUGUGCUGAUUUUACUAAUCGGUUUUUUCAUGGGGAAGAAGUAUCAAGAAAAGUUGAUCAACCAAAGAUCUCAGGUGAUGCUAUCGUACGGUGGUGAUUCUUACACGGAUUUAGAUACUGAUCCAUCAACGGCCCCCCAUUUGAGUCUCAACCUUAAAAUCCCAUUUCGUGAUAUAUUAAAAGCAACCAAGAAUUUUGAUGAGAAGUUGAUGAUUGGACAAGGAGGUUUUGGUAAGGUCUAUAAAGGAACACUUUCAAAUGGUCGAAACGUGGCGGUGAAACGAGGCGGAAAGGGGCACGGACAAGGGCGGCCGGAGUUUGUGACCGAGAUCAUGGUGUUGUCAAAGAUACGACACCGCCACCUAGUUUCUUUGGUUGGUUAUUGUGAUGAGAAAUCCGAGAUGAUACUCAUGUAUGAGUUUAUGGAAAAGGGUACUCUUCAAGAUCAUUUAUAUGGUAAUGAAUACAACCUAAAGCUUUCAUGGGAACAGAGACUUGAGAUCUGUAUUAGUGCGGCCCGAGGUUUGCAUUACCUUCACACGGGUUCAAAAGAUGGGAUAAUUCAUCGCGACGUGAAGUCAACAAACAUCUUGCUUAACGAUCUUUACGUUGCGAAGGUGGCCGAUUUUGGGAUAUCUCGUUUCGAUAAUGUGGAUGAAAGCGGGAUUUCUGAUAUCAAGGGGAGUUUCGGUUAUAUGGAUCCUGAAUACGCGAUAUACAUGAAAGUGACACAAAAAUCCGAUGUUUAUGCAUUUGGAGUGGUUCUUGUAGAAGUACUUUGCGCAAGGCCCGUUAUCGGACACAAUUUUCCUGAUAAGGAAGUGAAUUUGGCGGAUUGGGCAAAGAAACAUAUAAAGUGCGGGAAUGUUGAGAAUAUAAUCGAUCCAUUUCUUAUGGGUACGAUAAAUAUGGAUUCGUUACGGAUCUUUUUGACCUUGGUUGAGAGAUGUUUAAAGGAUUUAGGAGAGGAAAGGCCUACCAUGAUAGAAGUGCAACGAGAUUUAGAAUACGCGUUGGGAUUUCAACAACCGGUAGAUGACGACAGUGAGUUCUACAAAAAUAGCACGAUCAAUCAACACAUCAUUGCAGUUUCCGAUGUCAGUGAUUGAACGGCUUCCGUCAUGUAUUAAUCAUGAGUUCGAAGUGAAUGAUAGCUCGAGCUCGAGCUAUCCGAGUGAAAGCCAAGUAUUUUCACAAUUAGGGAUGAAAGGAGCUCGAUAAUACAAACGAGUAGUUCAUGGCCAUCAGCUAUGGGUUUGUUAGAAAAGCUCGAUAAUAUAGCCUUUUAUUUAUAUAUGCGGUUCGAGCAGUUUUGUUAGUUAGAAGUUGUUAGCUAAGCAUCACUUUUUGUAUAUGUGUAACUCGUAGCUUUUCAUUUAUAAUCAAAAAUUGAAAACAACAAAUCAAAAUAUAUCUCUAUUA